AGAACAGGAUGUGUUGCUGAUAUCUAGGCAUAACUAAGCAUGGCUAAACCUAGUGGGCUGUCAUGAACUAUGCAAGGCUGCUUUUGCAGGGUACCUCCAGUGGCACUGGGCCGUGGUGAGCGUGUCAAGCACCGCCGGCUGCUGGACAGGUGCGAGGUGAAAGAGGAGGAGCCAGAGGCAGUUAAGGCCAUGCACCAGCCAAGAACAGAGACAGCGCCGCUGGCUCCGGGGCAGCGGGCGGCACUGGUGGAGCAGGCCAUCGCCGACCUGGAGGCACGCGAGGAGCGUAUGCAGCGCGAGCAAGAGGCGUGUCACAAGUUCGGCCUGACCAGCACACCGCAGUGGCAGGGCCAGAAGCGCGGCUACGGCGCGGCGGGUGCCAACGGGCCGGAGCGGGGGGCGUCGCCGCAGAUCAAGCGGCCGCGCGCCGAGCGCGAGGACAUUCUGCGCAUGGAGCCGCCGCCGCCCAGCUCUGGCGAUGAGAUCUCAGACGACGACGAGGCGCUGGCCGAUGCCGACUGCCUGGACCUGCAACUGCGCGUGAUGACGCGCAUGCAGCGCAAGAUCGCGGCGCUCGAGCGGCGCCUGGAGGGUCGCCGCCAGCGUCUGCGCGAGGCCACGGACCGUUACGAGGCCACCAUCGCCGAGCUGGACAAGAGGCGCGGCAUGGACGAGCCAGGCCGGCGCCGGCCAGCCGAGACGCUGCGGGUGCGCGGCGCACGGCCCGAUCCCGACCCCAUCCUGGUGCUGCACCGCGAGCGCGACGAGGUGCUGGAGGAGCUGCCGCCUGGCGAUGACAUGCUGACGCUGCCCACCGACCUGCCGAUGGCGCUGCGCGUCAUCUCCCGACUGCGGCUCGAGGUCAUGGCCCUGCGCAGCCGCGUACUGCAGCGCGCUUUCCGGAACGUCACGCACCGUGUUGAGAUGAUGCAGGUAAACGAGGGGCACGCGCGCGCCGAGAUCCGCUGGAUGGACUCGUUGGAUGCGGUGUUCACGCCGGCGCAGAAGGCGCGCGUGCGGCCCGACUGCCGCAUGGUGCCCUGGGCGCGGGAGGACUACCUGAAGGCCAUUGCGCUACGCUGGGUCUGCCGGCGGAGCACGUUCGACUACGUGCGCAACACGAUGAGGAUCCCGUUGCCAUCCAUGUACUCAGUGCGCGCCGUGGCCGCGUUCGGUCGCUUCCCGGAGGUGACGCAGCGUUACAAGGAGCUGACCGAGCACAAAAGGCUGCGCUUCACGCGCGCCCCGAGCGCCGACGCCGACUCCGACGCGACCUCAUGA